AUGGCGGAUUAUCUUGGCGACGAGGCGGUGCCGGUGGUGUGCGACAACGGGACGGGCAUGGUGAAGGCCGGGUUUGCCGGCGACAACACACCGCGGGCGGUGUUCCCGAGCAUGGUGGGUCGUCCGCGUCACAGGGGCGCGAUGGUGGGGACUGGGGAUGGGCCACAGGGAGGAAACGAGCUGUGCGUGGCGGCAGAGGAGCACUCGGUCCUCCUCACCGAGGCGGCGCUCAACCCCAAGGCCAACCGCUAG